GACGCCGGUCUACCCAGUCCAACGGUGCGCGUUAACCACCGGACACCACAGCGAGCAGAGCGCCGCUGUUCUCUUCCGCUUCUCUCCCUGAGCUCGGCCUCGUGUCACUGACGUCGUGUAUGAGAGGAAGGUGGUGAGCUCAGCAGCUCAGGCUCAGCUCGCAGUAGGGAGCAGACGCCGGCCGCAUCGCCCCCCUUCGCGUUUCGCUGCUCCGAGGUGAAACGGCAAUGCAUGAUUGGUGCUGUGUCAGCCUCAGUCCUUGAUUAUUUCCACAGAGAAAACGCAUAAUGCGCCUUGUUUCUAGGAAGUUAGUCAGGGCUUAGUCCUAGUUUUGCAAAUUCACAUUGAGGCACUUCAUUUCCCGAUCUUCUUUCUUGAUUUUAGCUUUCUGCCAUGCUACUUUUGUUGAUUUUCACCAGGACCUAUCAGGUUAAGAAUUCGGGAGAAAUAUUUGGAAAUUCUCAGGCAUGAUAUGUCCCAAAAUUUCUUUGGCAUGCGUUCUUCUGCUCCUAUGGUUUACCUCAACGGGAGAUGCAGCAUACAUGAAGUACCUGGAUCCAAAGCAACCCACCAACACUAGAAUCAAGGACCUUAUCAGUAGGAUGACUCUUGCAGAAAAAAUUGGCCAAAUGACACAGAUUGAACGUGGGGUUGCAUCUGCAGAUGUCAUGAAAAACUACUUCAUAGGUAGUGUAUUGAGUGGUGGUGGAAGUGUCCCUGCUCCCCAGGCUACUCCUGCAGUUUGGGUGAACAUGGUAAAUGAAUUCCAGAAAGGCGCCUUGUCAACACGUCUAGGAAUACCUAUGAUCUACGGCAUUGAUGCAGUUCAUGGUAAUAACAAUGUCUACAAUGCCACCCUAUUUCCUCACAACAUUGGGCUUGGAGCUACAAGGGAUCCUGACCUCGUAAGGAGGAUCGGCGAAGCAACUGCUCUUGAAGUACGGGCAACAGGCAUUCCGUACACCUUUGCUCCAUGUAUUGCAGUUUGUCGAGAUCCACGAUGGGGCCGAUGUUAUGAGAGCUACAGUGAAGACCACAGGGUAGUCCAGCAGAUGACAGACAUUAUACUUGGUCUACAAGGAGAUAUCCCAAUAAAUCAUACCAAGGGAGUUCCUUAUAUUGCUGGGAAGGAUAAAGUUGCUGCUUGUGCUAAGCACUUUGUUGGUGAUGGUGGAACUCAUAAUGGAAUCAAUGAGAACAACACGAUCACUGAUGAACAUGGGCUUCUAGGCAUUCACAUGCCCCCAUAUUAUGACUCUAUUAUAAAGGGUGUUGCUACUGUUAUGGUUUCCUAUUCAAGCUUGAAUGGUGUCAAAAUGCAUGCCAAUCAUGAUCUGGUUACUGGCUACCUGAAAUCCAAAUUGCAUUUUAGAGGAUUUGUGAUAUCAGAUUGGCUAGGAAUAGACAGGAUAACGUCACCACCUGAUGCAAAUUAUACUUACUCUGUGCAAGCUGGAAUAAAUGCUGGUAUUGAUAUGGUCAUGGUGCCAUUCAAUUACACCCAAUACAUUGAUGAUGUGACAUCUCUUGUUAAGAAGGGUAUUAUCAAUAUGAGCAGAAUUGAUGAUGCUGUCAGGCGUAUCCUUCGAGUCAAAUUUAUAAUGGGCCUAUUCGAGAACCCUUUAGCUGAUCUUAGCUUCGCAGAUCAGCUUGGAAAGAAGGAGCACAGAGAUUUGGCUAGAGAAGCCGUCAGGAAAUCACUUGUUCUAUUAAAAAACGGCAACUCUCCCAAUCAACAAUUCCUGCCUCUACCAAAGAAAGCUAGAAGUAUCCUUGUAGCUGGAAGCCAUGCUAGCAAUUUGGGCUACCAAUGUGGCGGGUGGUCAAUUGAAUGGAUCGGAGGUAGUGGAGAUAUUACUGUAGGUACAACAAUUCUUGAGGCCAUAAAGUCCACUGUCGCUGAUUCAACACAUGUUGUCUACUCUGAGAACCCUGAUGAAAGCUUCAUGAAAAACAAUGACUUCUCAUUCGCUAUUGUUGUUGUUGGUGAGCGAACAUAUGCUGAAACAACAGGUGAUGACCCAGAACUCACCAUCCUAGACCCUGGUACAGACACAAUCCGAACAGUGUGUUCCACAGCUAAGUGUGCAGUGGUUAUCAUCUCUGGUCGGCCUGUUGUCAUUGAACCAUAUCUUCCAAUGAUGGAAGCGCUCGUCGCAGCUUGGCUUCCUGGAACAGAAGGUCAGGGUGUUGCGGAUGUACUGUUUGGGGACUAUGGCUUCACCGGGAAGCUCCCACGCACUUGGUUCAAGUCUGUUGACCAGCUGCCCAUGAAUGUUGGUGACCUACACUAUGAUCCACUCUUCCCUUUUGGUUUUGGUUUGACAAUAAAUUCAUCGCAGCCAGGGUUCUCUGGUGCUGACAGACUGAGAGAUAGGAAUGGGGGGAUGAUAUACGUUGUGUUGAGUUUGGUACUGUCAGUAAUACUGAUGCAUGCUUCGGGCAUAGGUAUAUUUUAACUCGAGUUGCCCUUUCCUAGUCGUAGUAUGGUUCCACAUCAAGUGCUCCAUGCCUCCAUCGUUAUACGUUGUAUGUACUAGCUCUAUGGAGAUUUUUUGAUUGCAAAGAUGCAUUUAUCCCUAAAGCUAGGUGGGUCAGUGGGUGAUAAGCAGAUUUGUUCUUUCACGGUUUUACCAAAUUAUGUGUGGUUAUAAUAGAGCAUUUUUAUCUAGGGAGGACAAAGUAGAUGGAUUAUGCUCUGCAAAUACUGAUGGGCCUACAGCACUUCUUUACUCUCCGUACCAUGUGACACUCCACAGAAAGUAAAGGAAUAUUAAAAUGUGGGUAAGAAAUUGAUGGGUUUGAAUC